UUAAAAAAUACUGAUUGGACGAAGUAGAAAACGUACGUUGUUUUUAGAAGCUUAAAACUGUACUCAUCACCUAGCUAGCCGGCCACUAGUUCCGAUCCCCCGUUGAUUGAGUGGCCACGUACGUACACUCAUGGCGGCCAACUGCGACGCAGAAGCGGCGCCGCUUCUCCGGAACAUUAACUGCCGCAAUGGUGAGGGGAAAAAGCGGUGGCACCGACAUCUGUCGAGCAGCGGGGUGAGAAGCUUUGCCGGAGAGUUUGGAGUGGAAUCCAAGAAGCUGUGGGAGAUCGCCGGGCCGGCGAUUUUCACCGCCCUGUGUCAGUACUCCCUUGGGGCACUCACCCAGACCUUUGCCGGUCAAGUGGGGGACCUUGAACUCGCCGCCUUCUCCGUCGAGAACUCCGUCGUUGCUGGUCUAGCUUAUGGAGUCAUGCUAGGAAUGGGAAGUGCAUUGGAGACAUUGUGCGGGCAAGCAUAUGGGGCGGGGCAAAUGAGGAUGUUGGGCGUCUACAUGCAAAGGUCAUGGGUCAUACUAUUGACCACUGCUUGUUUUUUGGUUCCUAUUUAUGUUUUCGCUCCUCCAAUACUCCACCUCAUUGGACAGACCCGACGUAUCUCUAAAGCCGCCGGAAAAUUUUCAUUGUGGAUGAUUCCACAAUUAUUUGCAUAUGCCAUUAACUUCCCAAUACAGAAAUUCUUGCAAGCACAGAAGAAAGUGCUUGUAAUAGCGUGGAUAUCUGCAGGCGUGCUAUUGACGCACACCUUCUUUGCCUGGUUACUUAUGUUAAAGCUGGAAUGGGGACUAGUUGGGGCAGCCGUUGCGCUCAACUCUUCAUGGUGGCUCAUAGUUAUCUUUCAGUUGAUUUAUAUUUUCGUCUCCAAGUCAGAUGGUGCUUGGGAUGGGUUCUCAUGGCUAGCUUUUCAAGACUUGUUUUUCUUUGUCAAGCUUUCUUUGGCUUCUGCCGUCAUGUUAUGUUUGGAGUUUUGGUACUUGAUGGUAAUAAUUCUGAUAGCAGGUCGUUUGGAGAAUCCUUUAGUCCCCGUUGACGCACUUUCUAUCUGCAUGAACAUACAAGGAUGGGACGCGAUGAUUUCUAUAGGAUUUAAUGCAGCCAUAAGCGUGAGAGUAUCGAACGAACUUGGAGCUGGAAAUUCAAGAAUAGCAAAAUUUUCCGUAUUAGUGGUUUCUAUUACAUCAGUGUGUAUUGGAAUUGUUUGUAUGGGAGUCGUGUUUGGCACAAGAAAUCUUUUCCCACUCAUUUUCACCAAUAGUGAUGCAAUAGCCAAGGAAACCACGAAAUUAGCAAUUUUGUUGGGGUGGACAUGUCUACUUAACAGCCUCCAGCCUGUCUUAUCCGGAGUUGCUGUAGGAGCAGGAUGGCAAUAUAUUGUAGCAUAUGUGAACAUCGCAUGUUAUUACAUUGUAGGAUUGCCUGCGGGAAUACUCUUGGGCUUUACAUUUGACUUCGGGGUCAUGGGAAUCUGGGGUGGGAUGAUUGGAGGAAUAUCUCUACAGACCCUCAUCCUCAUAGUGAUAGUCUCAAUCACCGACUGGAAUAAAGAGGCGGAUAUGGCAGAAGCUCGGGUUAAACGUUGGGCAGAGCCAAUUGCAAGUAUUUAAAAGUGCCAUGAAAAUGAUAGACCAUAGUCCAUUAAUGUGACAAUUAAUCUUUGAAUUGUUGCUAUGAAUUUUUUGGAUUGACUUAAAUCCUGGACAUUAAUUUCCCCAAACCCUAUAUCGCGAUGGAAGGGUUGUCCCCAUUUAAUUUAAUUAAAUGUUAAAAUGUUGAAGUCAGGCAUUGAUGUUAAUUUUACAUCAGAUUAAAACAUAAUUAAAUUAUUAACUUGUGUGGUUUAAAACUUUGAAAAAUA